AUGGCAGAUGGGAAUCGGACGGUUGUGUACUUGUCUGAGCAGGUGAUCGUGUUGUGCUCGUGCGCGCUGUCGUUUCUGGGCUCCUCGCUCAUCAUCAUCACCUACAUUAUCUGGUCGGAUCUGAGGACGACUCCGAGAAGGCUGCUGGUGUACCUCUCGAUGUCUGACUGGUUGUCCGCCGUCUCCUACGCCGUCGGGGUCUGGAGUGUUUUCCACACCGACUCGCUGGAGUGCGUCGCGCAGGGAGCCAUAUCCACUUUCGCCAACACUAGUUCCUUCUUCUGGACCGUGGCCAUCGCUGUUUACCUGUACGUGUUCAUCGUCAGGUCCAGCCAGAGGGUCGCCGACAGCCUGGUGUUGUUUUUCCAUCUUGUGAGCUGGGGCGUUCCUCUGGCCAUCACCGUCAUAGCCGUGUGCAUGAAGAAGAUUGGCUAUGAUGCGUCAGAGGUGUCGGUGGGCUGGUGCUGGGUGAGGAUCGGCGCUCCUGACUGGGUCCUGUGGAUGCUGCUGACUGGGAAGAUCUGGGAGUUCUUGGCUUACCUCACCCUCCCUGUCUUCUAUAUCCUGAUCAAGAGGCACAUUCACAUAGCGCAUGCUGCCUUGUCCGAGUACCGUCCCAUCUUGGCCAACAGGCCCCCGUCCCACUCUUUCUCCUCUAUGGCGGAUAUGAAACUAACACUCAUUCCCAUCAUCUUCAUCGUCCUGCGUAUUUGGAGCACAGUGCGCUUCAUCCUGCUGCUAGCUGGCUCCUCAGCCAGACAGCACCCAGUGCUGGUCACUCUACAUGGAAUUGGCAACACCUCACAGGGAGCAGCCAACUGCAUCAUGUUUGUGUUGCUCACACGGCCAAUCCGCACACGCCUCUGUGCCACGCUAUGCUGCUGCUCCAAGCGUCAUGCAGACGAGCAGCACUCACACGACGCCCCCAACAGGCAGCUGCCGGGACAGGACACCUCCACGCAGAGAGAGGCAGACAGCACCAGUCGAGUCGGGGCUGAUAGAUGAUAUUCUGUGGAUGUACACGCACAUUUGUGUCACAGGAAAAGUCACAUUUCUGCUCUGUGGGUGAUGAUGCAACCUGACUUUGUUCCCAGCAUUCGGUGAAACAUUUUGAGUGUUGCAUACCGGAUAUGCACAUGAAUAUUGUAGUUUCAUAGAUGUACUGUCAAAGUGCCUUUUCACGAGAAGUUGUUCUUCGUACACGUUUUCUGGUUGCAUUUGAGCAGCUGUGCACUCCGUUAACGACAGUUCUCAGCUUUAUUUCUCAUGUACUGUGUGGAUUCACUCACAUUCUGAAGUUAUCACUGUGAAAUGAAUGAAUAUUCAGUUUUUAUCUAGUUCCACUGAGUAUUUAAGUCGUAUUUAUGGGAAACAAUUACCCACAUUUUAGUGCCUGUGCAGCUCUCACUUAAUGUGAUAAGCUGAUAGUGAACUUUCACAGAAAGCUUUAAGUGCUAACCCUCCCAAAAUCUUAUUUUUCAAUGAAGGCUGUUGGCUUGAAAGAUGGGUGCAACAUGUGUUUGGGUGUCAACCAACAAUUAUUUUUUAUUUUCAAUUAAUCUGUCAAAUAUUUUCUUGAUUAGUUUAUUAGUUAUUUUGUCCAAAAAAGAUCAGAUUUUUUUUUUAAAGGUUGAUCAGUGUUUCCUAUAAAGCCUGAGAUGAAUGUCUUGUUUUGUCCACAAUCUAAUGAUGUUCAAUGUAUGGUCAUAGAAAAGGAAGGAAACCAGAAAAUAAUUACGUUUAAUAAGCUGAAAUCAGAGAUUUUCUACUUUUUUAUAUAUAUAUAAAAAAAAACUCAAACCAGUUACUUGAUUGUCAAAUUAACUGGCGAUUAAUUUAAUAGUGGACAACUAAUUGAUAAAUCAUUGCAGCUCUAGUUUGUUGUUAGUUUGAGUUCAUGUCAGUUAGAGAUGAUUCACUCCGUACUGAUUCUCUCUGCUCAGUCAUUGGUUUGCUAAGCUAUUGCUAAAUACUCGGCUUAUUACAGAGCUACGGAGCUUCGAGGAAGUAGAUAACACAACAUGGAAGCAGCACAUUUAGUCAUAGUUUGGUUAAUCAAAGAGUUUGUGUAACGUACAGAGUAGUGGUUGAAUAAUACAGAAGAAAACAAUGCUGCAAGUUUGAUUUGAAUGAAUGUUCUGACACAUUUUGCAAAGUGAAACCUGUCUCCAUUACAAGUUGUUGAAACUGGCAUGAACUCAAUGCGGCCACAGCUGCUGUUUCUUUAAUAGUUAACUUUUUUACAGCCAUCUUUCAAGCAUUUUUAAAAGUGUUUUGUUUAUGAUUGUUUACAUUUUGGGUAGAAUGUCCCUUUGAUAUGUUCAGCAAUGUAACUUUAAUAUCCAACUUGUGUCCAAUAUAACUUUUGGUGUGUUCAGAAGGUUUGCGUACAAAAAACGUGAUUUAUAUCUGAUCACGUGCACAUUAAAAGUUACAUUAAAAUAUAAAAUAUUCUCGUAUGGAUCCCUUGA